UUUGGGGUGUUGCCAUCUCAUUCAUCUAGAAACCUCCAUCGUCACAAGAAGCACUGGCUUAUUUCCUUUAACGCAUCUACCUAACUUCAUAAACAUGUCUUACUGUAAAGUUCUCCCCGCUGUGGCCAGAGUGAGGCCGGCUCGUGUGUUUGGCGCGAGGCUUCGCUCCUCAGCAGCAGCAUCCACGCAGCACAAAGAGCAGAAGAGCGAAGACACGCCGCUGGCUCCGUCCUGCACGGUGCUGGAGAAACCCUGCGAGGUGGACCUCAUCCGUCGCAAAGCGCACACGGAGCGCCUGAGGAUCUCCAUCGACUUCGACAACACACAAGAAGCCUACAAGAGCAAAGACACGCUGGAGCUCCUCAGAAGUCUGCUGGUCUUCAAACUCUGCACCUUUGACUUCCUGGUUGACAAAAAUAAAGAGUUGACGGACCUCAGUAGGAAGGUUUUUGGUCAGCAGCUCUUCGAGAAACUGAUGAAAAUGACCUUCUACGGCCAGUUUGUGGCAGGCGAGGACCAGAACGCCAUCAAACCUCUGAUCGAGAAGAACCAGGCGUUUGGUGUGGGUUCGGUGCUGGACUACAGCGUGGAGGAGGACCUGACUCAAGAAGAGGCUGAGAAGAAGGAGAUGGACUCCUGUGUUUCUGAGGCUGAGAAAGAGAGUCAUGGUAUGGAUCAUCGUGAGAAGAAGUACAAAGCUCAUCGUCAGUUCGGAGAUCGGCGCGGAGGAGUGAUCAGCGCUCGCACGUAUUUCUACGCAGACGAGGCCAAGUGUGACCAUCACAUGGAGACCUUCAUCAACUGCAUCAAAGCUUCCGCUGGAAGCUCUGUGGAUGGGUUCUCGGCUAUUAAGAUGACGGCACUGGGCCGGCCGCAGUUCCUGCUGCAGUUCUCCGAGGUCCUGGUGAAGUGGAGGAGGUUCUUCAAUCUGCUGGCGUCUCAUCAGGGGAAGGAGGGCAUGGCGAUACUGGAGCAGAAGCUGGAGCUGGAACAGCUGCAGGACAGUUUGAUCAAGCUGGGAGUUGGUGCAAAAUCAGACAUUGAGAACUGGUUUACUGGAGAGAAACUGGGUUCAUCAGGAACCAUUGAUCUGUUGGACUGGAACAGCCUCAUCAAUGACACAACCAAGAUCUCCAACCUGCUGGUGGUGCCCAACAUGGAGAGCGGUCACCUGGAGCCUCUGUUGAGCAAAUUCACUGAUGAAGAGGAGAAACAGAUGAAGAGGAUGCUACAGAGAAUGGACGUCCUCGCCAAGCACGCUGUGGAGAACGGCGUGAGGCUGAUGGUGGACGCAGAACAGACGUAUUUCCAGCCGGCCAUCAGCAGACUCACGCUGGAGAUGCAGAGGAUCUUCAACAGAGAAAAACCCAACAUCUUCAACACCUACCAAUGCUACCUGAGAGAGGCGUAUGAUAACGUGUCGGUGGAUGUGGAGCUGUCGCGGCGGGAGGGCUGGUACUUCGGUGCCAAGCUGGUCAGAGGAGCGUACAUGUAUCAGGAGAGAUCUCGCGCGGCAGAGAUCGGUUAUGAAGAUCCCAUCAACCCUGACUAUGAGGCCACCAACAGGAUGUACCACAAGUGUCUGGAGUACAUUCUGGAGGAGAUCAACCACAACAGGAUGGCAAACGUCAUGGUGGCGUCUCACAACGAGGACACGGUCAAAUUCACGCUGGAAAAAAUGAACGAGAUGAGUCUCUCUCCCACCGAGAAUAAGGUUUACUUUGGACAGCUGCUGGGGAUGUGUGAUCAGAUCAGCUUCCCGUUGGGUCAGGCGGGAUUCCCGGUGUACAAGUAUGUGCCGUACGGCCCGGUGAACGAGGUCAUCCCGUACCUGUCUCGCCGAGCGCAGGAGAACCGCGGCUUCAUGAAGGGAUCGCAGCGAGAGCGCAGCCUGCUGUGGAAGGAGCUCAAGCGCAGACUCUUCAGUGGACAACUGCUCUACAAACCUGUCUACUAAACUACAGCAUCAACAUCAGCUGACCUCCAUCUCUACCGCAGAGCAGUACCAUGUUAGUGAGGGAAAAUCAGCACAGGAUGGACUUUUUAUAGGUUUUAUAGAUUGCCCUCAGUGGCUGUAAAUUAAAGACCGUAUGAAAUUGCAUUUGCAAUGCCUUUAACUUCUGCAAUGUGACGUGAAACAGAAAGUGAAACAAUGGAACUUUAUCUGAUGAAAAGCAAACCUUUAGAAAUGCGUUGUUUUUGUAGAUAGAUAGUUGUUGUUUUUUUCAAUGAAAAACAGACAUUUCAAAAUAUUUUUUCUUAUUUUAUUGAUCCCUCACAUCCCAUUUUUCAGUUUAAUAUAUUUUAUUUUAUACAACACAACUCAUAAUCUAAUGAAACGCACAAAUUGAAAUUAUUAUUAUUUUUAAAUUCCACAAAACCCAUUAUCUGGUUAAAAAAAUUAUUGUUAUUUUUUUAUUAUUGUAUUUUUCCCAUCCUACCCAUUAUCUGAUUUAAUAUAAAUGAUUUUAUACCGCAUAACCCAUUAUCCAAUGAAAAGCAAACAAUUUGUAAAAUAUAUCAUUUGUAUUUAUUUUCUUAUUAUUAAUCCCACAUUAUCCAAUGAAAGGCAAAAAGAUAGAAAAACAUUGUUUAAAUAUAUUUGUAUUUUAUAUCGAUAACAUAAUUUAUUAUGUGAUGAAUAGCCUUUUUUUAACGUUUAUUUUAUUUUUGUAUUUCAUUCCACUACAAACCGUCUGAUGAAAAGCAAACAUUUGAAAAUAUAUAUUGAAUGUUUUAUUUUAUUAAACCGAAAGUGAAAUGAACUUCAGUAGGAAAUAUUACAGGACAGGGGCCAGUUGCGUAAACAUAUUAAGACUAGUCUGACAGACUAGCAGUUAGCCAAGUGUAAUGAGUCGUACUUUUUGUAUUCAAUGUAUGUUACUACAUUAAAAACAUAUGACCAGUCUUUAUGCAAACAGCCCCAGGACAUUAAUUGAGUGAGACAUGUACUUUAGUUGCAUGAACAGAACUGAUAAGUGAUGUCAGACAUGGACGAGUUAUUAAGACUGUAAAUGGACUGAUUUCAUGUUGUCUUUAAAUCCGCUGUGAAUCAUUCCCCUGUCUUGAUAUCACUGCUUCUGUUUGGAACAGCACACUAUCAGACCACUCGUAUUAUGUACCACUGAACCAGUAUCAGCUAAAACAUCUGUAUUCAUUUCAAAGAUCCCACGCAGCACAGUAAGAUCAUGUAACAGUAAUGUAACACAGUACUUUUUAAAACUCAUUGCAUACCGUUUUAGGUCUGACCUGAUUAUUUCUGACAUACAUGGACAAUGCACAGUUUUUUUAAUUAUUUUUUAUGUUUUGUAGUUUUUUGAUCAUGCAAUUUUAAAUGUCUAUUAUCAGAUGAGUUUUAGCACUGGCUGUUCUGUUGACCUUUUUGUUUGUUUUUCUUGCUGCUUUUAAAUGUACUUUGCAUUUGGAAAUGAGUUUGGAUGAAGUGUGCAUGUGAACCUUUCAGCUCUUUGAAAUAUCUACUGCUCUUUUUUUUUUUUAUGUAAAUAAUGAAAUGUGAUAAAUAUAUACGAUAUAACAACAACAGCUCUCAGUUCUCACGCCCAGGUGAUUUAAGACACUUUUGCACUGUUUCUAACUGAAUGAAAUGAAAAUGUAUGGCUGUACGUAAACACAUCAAAUGUAACAAUUAUUACAAAUAUUGACUUAUUUGUUGGAGUUUGUCAUUUUGAUGUAUAGUUAUGUCAUCAACUGUCAAAAAUGUUAUUUUACAAAUGCAUGCAUAAUGAGUAACCAGGUCUCCCAUGCAUGGAGAGAAAAUAGUUUUCUAUUAAAAACUAGUCAUUUAAAAAUA